UUUGUAGGGGCCUGGUCUAGUUUAGUUCCUUUUUUUUGCAAUAAACGGUUCCACGUUUAAGCGAGAGCCAUAUCGAUUUCUCUCACCUGUCUCUGGCGAGAAAUUUCGCAAUCUCGCCGGAGAGUCUGUUCUCGCCGGAAACUUAAUAGAUUCCGACGGGAAUUUCCACUGCUCCACGGGACCUGAAGCGAGAGAAAGUUUAAAGGGAAGAGACAAUCAUGAAAGUAUAAAAAAAGAAAUGGAGAAGUGAGAUAGGAGGUGGUGAUGGUUAACGUGCAAUGCAGGGAAAAGAGAAUCAACUUAGGGUUUGGAGGAUCUUACACGGCACAGAUGCCAAGAUUAUAGCUUCUGCAUUCAAUUUUCCUUGCCUUAUGGCGUAAUUUAUUCCAUCUCUCGCUCUGUGUCAACUCUGUUUAAAUUGUUCUCUCGCUCAUGUCCGCCUUGUCUCUCCUCGCUCUGAAUUGCAAUCCUUUUUAUAUUUAAUAAGAGUUUCCAUUGCUGGAGAGGAGAGAGAUUUUGGAUUCUGUUUAUAAAGGUGUCCAAUGCCCAUACGGUAUUAGGCCAGCCGGGACCUUCUUUUUUUGAGUUUAUAGAUUUCUAGGUAUCAAUCAUCAUGCCAUCUGAAACAAAGAGUUCACCGACUUUGUCCUCAUCAUCAUUCUUCUCUGAGGAUGCAUCUUUUGCUAGUGAGAGACAUAUUGGGUUCUGGAACUUGGACACCACGCCUGAUCUCCAUGCCACUGGGAAAUCAGUACCUACGUCCCCCCUGGAAAAUCUUGGAGCUGUGGGAUGUCAGUCAGCAAAGUCACUUGAACUUCAUCAGUCUUUCCUAAUGCAGGAUCAGAAAUUGAAUCAUAGCUUAAUUAAGCAUGCAGUGGGACCAGGGACAACAAUGAGUCAGUCCUCGACUUUGUUGAGACCUGUGGCCCAUGAGACAAGAUCCAGUUUGAAUGUACAGCCAGCAUCUUGUUUUCCAGAAGGUGGCAAAGUUGACAUGAUGGCAACUCAGUAUGAGAACAGUCUCUUCUCAAGCUCGUUAUCCGAAUUAUUUAGUAGAAAGUUGAGGUUUUCCUCAAACAAGGUUACAUAUGGCCAUUCUGUUGAUACUGUUGCCUCCCACUUUGAGGAAGAGGAACCUUUUGAAUCCCUUGAAGAAAUUGAGGCCCAAACCAUUCGAAACCUUCUUCCCAGUGAUGAUGACUUGUUUAGUGGAAUGACUGAUAAGCUGGACAAUAUCAACCAAUCCAGUGUCAGAGAUGAUAUGGAGGACUUAGACUUUUUUAACAGUAUUGGUGGAUUGGAUUUGGGAGAUGAUAGUCCUGCAGCACAGAAUGAUAUUGAAUUUCAUGUAGGAAUGUCUAAUGGUCAGAUAGGGUUCAGCAGUGGUUCAAUUUCUGGAGAACACCCUUUUGGUGAACACCCUUCUCGAACUCUUUUUGUGAGAAAUAUAAAUAGCAAUGUUGAAGAUUCUGAGUUAAGAGCCUUAUUUGAGCAAUAUGGAGAUAUCCGCACUCUUUAUACAUCCUGCAAGCAUCGUGGUUUUGUUAUGAUCUCCUAUUAUGAUAUUAGAGCUGCAAGAAAUGCCAUGAAAGCACUCCAGGAUAGACCACUAAGGCAUCGGAAACUUGACAUUCACUACUCAAUCCCAAAGGACAACGCCUCAGAAAAAGAUAUUAAUCAGGGUACCCUGGUGGUUUUCAACCUUGAUUCUUCCAUUUCAAAUGAUGAAAUUUGUCAGAUUUUUGGGGUGUAUGGAGAAAUUAAGCAGAUCCGUGAAACCCCACACAGAAGUAAUCACAAAUUUAUCGAAUUUUAUGAUGUUAGAGCUGCAGAAGCUGCUCUUCAUGCAUUGAACAGAAGUGAUAUCGCAGGGAAGCGGAUUAAGCUUGAGCCAAGCCGUACUGGGGGUUCAAGACGUUUAUUGGAACAUGAUGAGUGUGGCCCUCAUGCACAGCAGAGUAGCCCUCCCAAUAAUUCUUCUGCUGGAAUCCCUGGAGCACAUCUGCAUGGGUCAACUAUUUCUAAUGGCAUGGAUAAUGGAACUAUCUUGGGAUUGCCGUCUGCAACGCAAGCCCAAUUUUUGAAAUCUGAAUGUUAUCAUGGAAUUUCUUCUAGUGUUCCUAAUAACUUGUCCUCUCUUUUGAGGGUUGAAUCAGCUGGCAAUCAAACUGGCCUUGCUGAGCCUGGUCGCACACAGGGUCAAUUGCAAUUUGAUUUUCAAGGCACGCCAAAUUUUCAUCCUCAUUCACUUCCAGAAUAUCAUGAUGGUUUAAAGAGUGUUCUUCACUGCAAUUCUCCUGGCAGCAUGGCUGCAAACAUGAGUCCAAAGCCCCCUGAAAGAAUCGAUGACCGGCAGUCACACAGAACUAUAACAAAUGGACACUCAGUUGAAUUAAAUGAUGGGGUUUUUGGAUCCACUAUUAAUAGAAGCCCUUCUCUUCCUGGACAUCACUAUGCAUGGAGUAAUUCCUAUCACCCACAGUCUCCAUGCAUGAUAUGGCCAAACUCACCAUCGUUUGUCAACGGAAUUUCAAUGGCUCAUGCUACAGUGCAGCUGCAUGGACCUCCUAGAGCACCAUCUCCGGUUCUUAACGCUGUUUUACCUGUAAAUAACCAUCAUGUGGGAUCAGCACCAACUGUUAAUUCUUCUCUCUGGGCCAGGCGACAUGCUUAUGGAGGGGAAUCUCCUGAGACUUCUGGUUUUCAUCCAGGUUCCCUUGGGAGCUUGAGAAUUUCUAGUAACUCACUGCACUCUAUGGAACUUCUAUCUCCUACCUUGUUCCCUCAUGUUGCUGGAAACUAUAUGGACUUGCCAAUUCCCCCUAAAAGUGCGGGACACCAACCACACAAUCAGAGAUCCCCAAUUUUUCCUGGCAGGAGCCAAAUGAUUCCCAUGACCAAUUCAUUUGACUCUCCAAGUGAACGUGGCAGGAGCCGUAGAAAUGAAGGCAGUAUUAAUCAGGCUGACAAGAAACAGUAUGAACUUGAUUUAGAUCGGAUACUGCAAGGGGAAGACAACCGAACGACACUUAUGAUAAAGAAUAUUCCAAACAAGUAUACUUCAAAAAUGCUUUUGGCUGCAAUUGAUGAACACCACAAAGGAACUUAUGAUUUCAUUUAUCUACCAAUUGAUUUCAAGAAUAAGUGCAAUGUGGGGUAUGCAUUUAUCAACAUGAUUGACCCAAGCCAGAUAAUUCCAUUCUAUCAGGUGUUUAAUGGAAAGAAAUGGGAGAAGUUCAAUAGUGAAAAAGUAGCAUCACUUGCAUAUGCUCGCAUACAAGGAAAAGCUGCUCUUAUUGCACAUUUCCAGAAUUCAAGCUUGAUGAAUGAGGAUAAACGAUGCCGACCCAUUCUAUUCAACACUGAUGGCCCCAAUGCUGGUGAUCAGGUGCCCUUUCCAAUGGGGGUUAAUGUUCGAACUAGACCUGGGAAACCUAAAAACGUCACACAUGAGGAUAACCAUCAAGGAGGUCUACCUAAUUCGGCAAACAGAGAGGAUUCUUUGAAUGGGGAUGCUUCAUCAGGUUCUGGAAAGGAGUCUGACUGAAGAAGCCACUUAUUUUUGAGGGGUACCAACCUCUUAGGUGGAGUAAUUUAAGAUUGGUACCUCCCCAAGUAACUGAUUAAAUAUAUUGGGGCAGCUGAUUGAAAAGAGACACAUUUUUCUGCGUUUGAGAAGCCUCUUAAAAUUUUAGGGAAAACAACUCAUAGCCAGAACAAAAGCGAGUUUCUGAUUUGUUUGGCUGUUCUUUAAAUUCUGGAACCAUUAGAAAAAAGAAGCAUGAGGUGAAACUUCCAAAUUUUGGAUACAAAGUAGACAUUGGAGUUUCAGAGCGACAAGUGAUAUUUCACUGAGGUUCUGGAGGCUCCUCUCCUAACACCUUUUUUUUUUAAUAUAUUUUUUUUUAUCCCAUAUGUAAUUGCUGACAUAUACAAGCCAGGGAGCUUUUUAUUGAAAAAUUUUGAAGCGAGAAACUGAUGAUGCUGUGUAUCAUUAUUCCUUUUAGGGAAACAUCUUGUGUCGAUAACUUUUUGUCUCACUUACAAUAAUACUUUUUUGUGUCA